AUGGCCAUGGCGCUGCGGUACUUGUGGCCUCUCCUCCUCUGCAGCCCUUGCGUGCUCAUCCAGAUCCCCGAGGAAUAUGAAGGACACCAUGUGAUGGAACCCCCCAUCAUCACGGAGCAGUCUCCCCGGCGUGUGGUCGUCUUCCCCACAGAUGACGUCAGCCUCAAGUGUGAGGCCAGCGGCAAACCCGAAGUGAACUUUCGCUGGACUCGGGAUGGCGUCCUCUUCAAACCCAGAGAGGAACUGGGCGUGACCGUGAACCAGGCACCCCAUUCUGGCUCCUUCAGCAUCACGGGCAACAGCAGCAACUUCGCCCAGAGCUUCCAGGGCACCUAUCGCUGCUUUGCCAGCAACAAGCUGGGCACUGCCAUGUCCCACGAGAUCCAGCUCAUGGCUGAGGGUACCCCCAAGUGGCCAAAGGAGACAGUGAAACCUGUUGAGGUCGAGGAAGGGGAGUCGGUGAUUCUCCCUUGCCACCCACCCCCCAGUGCAGAGCCGCUCCGGAUCUACUGGAUGAACAGCAAGAUCUUGCACAUCAAACAGGAUGAGCGGGUGACCAUGGGCCAGAAUGGCAACCUCUACUUUGCCAACGUGCUCACCUCAGACAACCACUCAGACUACAUCUGCCAUGCCCACUUCCCUGGCACUCGAACCAUCAUUCAAAAGGAACCCAUUGACCUCCGGGUCAAAGCCACCAACAGCAUGAUGGACAGAAAGCCACGCCUGCUCUUCCCCACCAACUCUAGCAGCCACCUGGUGGCCCUGCAGGGGCAGCCCUUAGUCUUGGAGUGCAUCGCUGAGGGCUUCCCCACACCCACCAUCAAGUGGCUGCGCCCAAGCGGCCCCAUGCCAGCCGACAGGGUCACCUACCAGAACCACAACAAGACGCUGCAGUUGCUGAACGUGGUUGAGGAGGAUGACGGCGAGUACCGCUGCCUGGCUGAGAACUCGCUGGGCAGUGACCGCCACGCCUACUACGUCACCGUGGAGGCUGCGCCAUACUGGCUACACAAGCCCCAGAGCCAUCUGUACGGGCCAGGGGAGACUGCCCGCCUAGACUGUCAAGUGCAGGGCAGGCCCCAACCGGAGGUCACCUGGAGAAUCAACGGGAUCCCUGUGGAGGAGCUGGGCAAGGACCAGAAGUACCGGAUCCACCAUGGAGCCCUGGUCCUGAGCAACCUGCAGCCCAGUGACACUAUGGUGACCCAGUGUGAGGCCCGCAACCGCCACGGGCUCCUGCUGGCCAAUGCCUACAUCUAUGUUGUGGAGCUGCCGGCCAAGAUUCUGACCCCAGACAAUGAGACAUACAUGGCAGUCCAAGGCAGCACCGCCUACCUUCUGUGCAAGGCCUUCGGAGCCCCUGUGCCCAGCGUCCAAUGGCUGGACAGGGACGGAAAGACAGUGCUACAGGACGAGCGCUUCUUCCCCUAUACCAACGGGACCCUGGGCAUCCGAGACCUCCAGGCCAAUGACACUGGGCACUACUUCUGCCAGGCUGCUAACGACCAAAGCAACAUGACCAUUGUGGCUAACCUGCAGGUCAAAGAUGCCACUCGGAUCAUGCAGGGGCCCCGCAGUGCAAUCGAGAAGAGAGGCUCCCGAGUGAUGUUCACGUGCCGGGCCUCCUUUGACCCCUCCCUGCAGCACAGCACCACCUGGCGCAGGGAUACUCUCGACCUGCAGGAGCUGGGGGACAGUGACAAGUACUUCAUAGAAGACGAGCGCCUGGUCAUCCACAGCCUGGACUACAGCGACCAGGGCAACUACAGCUGUGUGGCCAGUACCAAGCUGGACAUGGUGGAGAGCCGGGCAGAACUGCUGGUGGUGGGGAGCCCCGGACCCGUGCCCCAGCUGGAGCUGUCUGAUCGCCACCUGCUGAAGCAGAGCCAGGUGCGCCUGUCUUGGAGCCCGGCUGAUGACCACAAUGCCCCCAUUGAGAAGUAUGACAUUGAAUUUGAGGACAAGGAGAUGGCGCCCGAGAAGUGGUACAGCCUGGGCAAGGUGCCCGGGAACCAGACCUCCACCACCCUCAAGCUGUCGCCUUAUGUCCACUAUACCUUUCGAGUCACUGCCAUCAACAAAUACGGCCCUGGGGAGCCCAGCCCAGCCUCUGAGACUGUGGUCACGCCGGAGGCAGCCCCAGAGAAGAACCCCGUGGACGUGAAGGGGGAAGGAAACGAGACCAACAACAUGGUCAUCACUUGGAAGCCGCUACGGUGGAUGGACUGGAAUGCCCCCCAGGUUCAGUAUCGAGUGCAGUGGCGCCCCCAGAAGAUGCAGGGGGCCUGGCAGGAACAGAUAGUCAGUGACCCCUUCCUGGUGGUGUCCAAUACAUCUACUUUUGUGCCAUAUGAGAUCAAAGUCCAGGCCGUCAACAGCCAGGGCAAGGGCCCCGAGCCCCAGAUCACCAUCGGCUACUCUGGGGAGGACUACCCCCAGGCAAGCCCUCUGCUGGAACCUGUCGAGGCCCUCAAUUCGAGCACUGUGCUGGUCAGGUGGCAGUCUGUGGACCCAGCCCUGGUCAAGGGCCACCUCCGGGGAUACAAUGUGACAUACUGGUGGGAAGGCAGUCAGAGGAAGCACAGCAAGAGGCACGUCCACAAAGGCCACGUGGUGGUGCCAGCCAAUGCCACCAGCACCAUCCUGGGAGGCCUGCGGCCCUACAGCUCCUACCGGCUGGAAGUUCAGGCCUUUAAUGGGCGGGGACUGGGGCCUGCCAGCAGGGUGACCUUCAACACCCCUGAGGGAGUGCCUGGACACCCCGAGUCGUUGCACCUGGAGUGCCAGUCGGACACCAGCCUGCUGCUGCACUGGCAGCCUCCACUCAGCCAUAACGGCGUGCUCACAGGCUACGUGCUCUCCUACCAACCUUUGAACGACGGGAGCAAGGAGCAGUUGUCCUUUGACCUUCCGGACCCCGAGCUGCGGACACACAACCUGACCAAUCUCAGCCCCCGCUUGCGGUACCGAUUCCAGCUGCAGGCCACUACGAAGGAGGGCCCGGGGGAGGCGAUUGUGCGGGAAGGAGGCACCAUGGCCUUAUCUGGGAUGCCGGACUUUGGCAACAUCUCCGCCAUGGCUGGCGAGAAUUACAGCGUGGUCUCCUGGGUCCCCAAGGAGGGCCAGUGCAACUUCGGGUUCCAGAUCUGGUUCAAAGCCCUGGGGGACGAGAAACUGGUGGCUCAUCUCCCACCACAAUACGUCAGCUACAACCAGAGCUCCUACACGCAGUGGGACCUUCAGCCUGACACUGACUAUGAGAUCCAGCUGCUUAAGGAGCAGGUGCUCCUGCACCAGAUGGCAGUGAAGACCAACGGCACUGGCCGAGUGAGACUGCCUCCCACUGGCUUUGCCACCGAGGGCUGGUUCAUCGGCUUUGUCAGCGCCAUCGUCGUCCUGCUUCUUGUCUUACUCAUCCUGUGCUUCAUUAAGCGCAGCAAGGGUGGCAAGUACUCGGUGAAGGACAAGGAGGACACCCAGGUGGACUCGGAGGCCCGGCCCAUGAAGGACGAAACCUUCGGAGAGUACAGUGACAACGAGGAGAAGGCCUUUGGUAGCAGCCAGCCAUCACUCAACGGAGACAUCAAGCCCCUGGGCAGUGAUGACAGCCUGGCCGACUACGGAGGCAGCGUGGAUGUCCAGUUCAAUGAGGAUGGCUCCUUCAUUGGCCAGUACAGCGGAAAGAAGGAGAAGGAGGCAGCAGGGGGCAACGACAGCUCCGGGGCUGCAUCCCCCGUCAACCCUGCCGGGACCCUGGAGUAG